AUGGCGCCCACGAAUUCCGAGAAGACUCAAAGCAAAUCUCCAUAUGUCGCUUCAAACGUGUUUGCGGACGCCAAAGUGACAAAACUAGCGGAGGAGUUCCGUACUAAGCGACUGGCUUUGCGCUGUUUAUCUUCGCUCCUGGCACGCCUACCGUUUCACUCUUCCGCCAUAUACAAGCAGCCUAGUCUUCACGACUGGCUCUCGAGCGCGACGGAUCCCGUAUCUGAAGAUGGGGACUUCCUCUUCGAAUUCGCCAGGUACCUCGACUGGUGGGAGCGGUCUGCAAUUUAUAAAGAAGCUCCCCUUGGAAAGGAUCGGCGUAAGAACAAGGAGAUUCGGCUCCUCAUUCGUCGCUUUGGUCUCGGGGAUGAUGAUAUCACACCCGCGCCUCAUCAAUUUAUCGCAAUCAACGGACGGGGAGGGCUCAGAUGGACUGAUACUCACCAGUGGCUUAUUUUGCUUCGGUACUUUGACAUUCUGGCUAAACUACGUGGUGUCGUUGAUCCCAUGUUUGACCGGGUACCUCCGUCACCCGCCCGUCUACUCGUUAUCGGUCGCUCCCUGACUCCGGGCUGGCUUUCAAUGCGACUUGAUUGGCAAGCUGCUGUCAAGGACACAUGCGUGCUGGUAAAGGCUGCCCAUGGCUUCUACGACGGCAGUACCCCUCCUGCCGCUCCCGCAAUCACGGCCUCUUCUUCGUCUCAGAGCUCAACUGUUGCAACAUCUGGAUCGUUUGGGCGCGUUCCCGUGUGGGUCAAGCACACGUCGUCUCCUCAGGAGGUCGAGGACGCGCAGGCCGUUGCGCGAGUCGUGAUCGAGAAGCAGGCCCUCUCUUUGGAUGCGGUCUUCACUCUUUUUGAUCAGAUGUCGUUGACGAGCGCGUUCGACCGGAUCCUUCCAGAAGUCAAGCACGCCGACGACACUAGCCAGUACGUUGCGAUGUGUGUCAACAUUCAGCUUGCUGCGCUCGUGGUGAACUACAUUCAAAGCAAUGUACGCGAGGGCGUUGAAGACUUUCGCCUCAAAGAUAUUGCAAGUCGCAUGCCAGAAGAUAUGAAGGCGGAUUGGAAGACUGCGCGUUACAUCUACCAGCCCUGUAUCCUGAUGAUUAUGUAUUCGCCCCUGUUUCUUUUGGCCAAGUCUCGCCUGUACUCGUCUCCGCUGCCGUCGUUCGCACACGCGUUUGAGAUAUUUAAAGCAAUCGGAAACGUUGGAAAGCCUAGAGCGUUGGAAGCUCUCGAGGACAGUAUAUGGGCUUUGGUGCUGCAAGUUGCACAUGGUGCGUCGGUCUACGAUGUCUUUCCUGUGUACGCUGCUGGGUGGAGUGGCAGUAUAGACAUUGCCGAGGUUACGGAGUGCAAAUCUUGGCUUGAUGACUUUAGUUCCAAGGCUGCAGAAUCUAUUUCGGAGUACGUUCAAGAUUGGGAUGAUGACGACGAGAUUCAAGUUGUGCGCGAGUACACGUCUCAGCGUGAUGAGUUGCGCGACUGGAAGCCAGAUAUCCUGAACUUGAACGGGAAGCGUCGCCCCGCCAGCCCUGGUCCAGAAGCUCCUGCCAAGCGCGCGAGGAAGGAUCGUAAGCGUAAAGCCGCCAGCAAACGUCAGGCUUCACCUCCUCCUGGCAAGACACGCAAAUCUCAGUCUCGCCCCAAAAACCGGUCUCGGCCUCAUUCUUCUUCCCCCGAGAAGAAAUCUGAUUCUCGUCACACGCGUCCUACAAGUACGCAGCAAGAUGACGAGGAGGACGAGGAAGAUGGCACGGGCGAUCAUGCUGCUUCUUCGAAGACAAACCAAGGCGCAGGCCGCGGAGAUGCAGAUGGUGAUAAUCGGGAUGCUGAUUUAUUUUCCGGUCGUCUAACUCCUCUUGACAAAGAUGAUCAUGCUUCCGGUGAUGACGGCGUGUCCCGUGGGCCUCGGGCUCGCUCGCGGAACACAUCCCCUAUGAAUGUUGACCAUGGUUCCUCUCGCAGCGGCUCUCAGGAGCGGAGCCGUCACGGAACUGAGCCACUUGGUGCUUCUUCUCAGGACGACGUUGCCCAACAACAGCAUCAGGCUGCCGCUUCUCCUUCUACGCGGCCGAAUGGGAGGAAAGACCGCACCAAGAAAACUCGUCAGCCCACUCCUUAUGAGCCUUUGCCCGUCACAGUUCCAGCGUGGACUUCAACGGGUCUUCUCCAUGAGACUUGGUCCCCGGUCCGUCAGCGAACGCAUGCGCUCUUUUCACUUCUUGCAACGCAUACGGUUACCGGCUAUGCGCCGGGGUCUAGUGCGAGUAGCGUCCGCGUUUUUGAUGCGGAAGAGUUCCGGAAGCUGGGCGCGCAACAAGUACAAGAUGUCUUCCAGAAAAGCAGCAUUCUGGUGCGGGGGAACGGUGUUGAUACAUUCUGGAAGUGGGGUUUGGAGGCUUUUUCUGCUAUGCGUCCUAUCUAUGGAACUGUCGUUCAGGUUCAAGAUCCGAUUGCAUCUUAUGAGGCUGAGGGUUUCAGAACGAUAUCUGUCUCCAUUCCUGAGCUGGUUAAAGCCGGUCAGCAGAAUACCGCCACGCGUUGGAACUGUCUUGAUCUACCCAUGGGGCUGGAGCACCUUUCACAGAUACCUUACGUUGCAGAGCCCGGACCGUUCAACGUACUUCCUUACGCUUAUCGGGUUUGCGGUAACGAACCAGAUGCAUAUGAGGAGGGUGAGUGGGAGAGCAACAGAUCCAAGCUUCAUUGGGCUCUUGCAGGUGUGGCAGGUGCCGAUACUAUGCAGCAUAUGGACGUUGGAGGCUUUGCUACAACGGUACAUGUGCUGUCUGGCCGGAAGCUGUGGGCGAUAGGCAGUCGAAAGGACGGCCGUCCCUUCCCGAAUGAUUCCCAUUGUAUCGCGAAGGAGGACGUGCGUGCGGAUUGGCACUCGUUUCAUCAAGACGUCAUCACUUGGGAAACAUUGGUUCUUGAAGCGGGAGAUACGCUAUACAUGCGUCCGGGACCUCAUGUCGUUCAUACCCUGGACAGCUCUAUAUGCUACGGGGAGUAUUUCUUGACCCCCAAGUCGCUGGUUGACCAUGUCACGUCGUACGCUGUUAGCCGCUUGGCCAACCUCGUCGUUACGAAUGACUCCUUUCAAUCUGGACCCGUUCUCCUGGCUCUUGCUUCAUGGUGGUGGAAUGGAGAUCUCGGCUGCGAAGGCGAUUGGCACGAUCCCAGUGGCGAGUUAUCUGUUAUAUAUCUAACACACGCGUGCUUAUCUCUGUCUGCAGCUCGCGCUUCUAGGCCCUCUUUGUCGGAGGAUGUCGAGGUCUACAUCGCGCUUUUGGCGCUCUACGUGUUUCAGACAACUCUCGCGGUCGACACGUACGAGGAGGAUGAGGCCGCCGAAUUGGGGGUUACAAUGGAAGUUGUUGGAGACCGUCUUUAUCGCGAGGCUUGCGAACGGCUGCACGAGUGGAUCAUGCGACAGGGGAUAGUCGCUCGAGCCGGUGAAGCUGUCGAUGCCGACAUGGAUGACGAGGAGCGCCUAGCGCAUCUUCAAGACGUCAUUCUUGACUUUGGCCGUGGCCUUCACAUUAUGGCGGUCCAGCACGCGCUCACGGAGCCCAAAUAUUGCAUGGAGCCACUCAUUAAGCGCCUUGAACUGGACGCCCUUGCAGCGUACGAUCGGCCGGUGAAAGACUGGCUCAACCUGCGCGAUAACGCUCGUCGUCCUCUUGUCCCCGAUCUCCAGUUUGUGCCCUCUCCCCGUCGAGACAUUGCCUUUGAAUUUUACGAGUAG